CGCAACUCUGAAGGCCGCGCGACUGACGCUUCUCGUUCAGACAGUCUUCCUGGUGAAGAUCUCGCGUGGAGAAACUUGACCAGUGUUUCCUGAGCUUUUACAGCUCCCCACUGUCGAUCUCGAAAGUUUUCCACUUGGAAACGUCGCGUAAUAGAAACAAGCUCCUCGGUCUUGCCGCGAUUUUUUCCUGCCAGUUGUGCUCGGCAUUCGAUCGUCCGGUCGCCACUCGCACGGCGACGGAAUUAUCAUCGCCCACGGGAGAGAGAGAAUCGCGUCAUCGUCCCGCCUGGUCCCGAGAUCCGAAUCUCGCGGUGCUGCUCUCCAGCGAGUGGCAAAGUGUCAAAAGUGCAGUGGUGAACGUUCAUCGCGGGGCAUCUGUGUUUCCUGACGUGUCCUGCGGAUGAACUCGCGAUGGCGGCUGGUCACGAGUGAGGAAGAGCAAAAGAGGCGAGUGCAUCCCUGGCAUGAUAGGGUGACUCUCUUUCGCCGGGGGCCGUGGACGAUUGGCGCGAGUCGUCCCUAUCGUGCACGACCGGGUCGGACACGACUCCGCGAAGGUGGUUCGCGUGGCGAGGAAGGAGAAGUGCGCGACGAUGGCGGAGCGUCCCGGCGGUGGCGGCGGCAGCAGGAGACGCUCGCGUCGCGACAGUACGGAGACCGUGAGCUCGUUGCGGGGGUCACCGUCGACGUCCAGAGACCAUAGAAUCAAACGGACCUGCAAGCCCGUCAAGGAGCGAUGGCUGCUCACGAGGAAGACGUGGCGUUACAUGGCCGACGCCGGUCGCCGUCUCAUUCCGGACGGCACCCACAAUCGCCCGGAGGACAUACCCAAGAUCGAGCAGUACUUCCAAGAAGUAUGCCAGAAGGAGCCGCGUUUCCUGCUCUGGCGAAAGGCCUCGUAUCCAGGCACCCUGGCCUUUCGCUCUCCGAGACGUCGCAGGCAGCUCAAAGGUGGCAGCUGUCGGACCCAAGCUAGCUCGGCCGACGAGGCGGAGGACGCCAGGAGCUCGCCGCAGAACUUUGUCCUUCGCGCGACCACGUCUGGCAAGUUCGACCUGGCCAAAGCAAAGAAAGAAUGGCUGCUGACGGCGGGCAGCGGCGGCAGCACGCCGUCGAGUCCCGUGCUGUGUCGUAAAAUGUCUCAGGAGGACACCGAGGCGAAGGAGCUCGCUGAUAUGCUACAGAAGUACCUGAACAUGCAGGGCGACGCAGCUAACGUGGCAAGGAUAGUCGCCAAGUCGCAUGAGAAGGUUACAGGAGGUGAACAGGCACAAGGGAAGGAGCCCUUCGAUUAUCGCAGUUUGAUAGAUAAGCUUCAGCAACACCUGGACGCGAUAGUGACACGGGCCAAACAUGAUGAGAGGUCGCAUCGUCAGAGUCCGUCCUCUGGUGAGAAGGGUGUCGUACCGACAUCUAUGCUGCCUUAUCAAGGCGAUUACGUUCAUAAAUCGCUAAUGGAGACGCUAAGCCGUUACUAUAGCAAAUCUCCUUCUCGAGAGCACGUCAUAUCCGAUAUCCUGACGGACCGAAAGCUCCUCGAGAAGCUCUACUUCGAUCUGAGGUGUACCAGAGGCUUCAGGGGGCCCCGAGCGACAGGUGCAUACAGUUCACCAUCCGCUCGCUGGUGGGAUAACGAGAGAAGUAGAAUUAAGGAUUCAGACAGUUGGUCAUCCUCGGGAAGGAGAGACCCGGUCUCGAUACCUCCCCUGAUUGCUGUCCAAGGACCCAGCACUGAUCGCAGUUUCCUCGACGAUGGCGUGCAAACGGAUCCGGUUCCCCGUGACGUUCUCGAUGCGUGCCUGCAGGAAAGGGAAGAAGCCUCGCAUAGAGAAUCUUCAGGGCACAAGUCAGGGCGGAGGCGCAGCAGCGUCGACAACGACGACGUGUCGCCGUCCGUGAGCGACACCAUCAAGAGGUACCUCCGAAUGGCGCGGAAGAAGUCCAUGGACGCGGAUAAGGCCGAUCGGUUCAAGCGGGUGAACUAUGAUCGUAACCUGCGCAACAUCAAGGCUAAGGGCGAGAUCACCAAGCCGGGUGACGACGACGGCAACAACAAGGGUUGCCAGACGGAGGAUAAUUGGGCGGUGCAUUAUCGCGAGUUAUCCGCCGGCGAGCUGCCGUUCGAGAAUCUGUCGGACGCGGACACGACGACGUCGCCGCCGGCGAGCAGAAACGCCAGCUCCAGGAGCAGCAUCGAUGCCGGCCUCGGUUCCGAGGAGGCGACCACCCCCGUAAAGCAUCCCCAUCACCAUCAGUCCUUCCUGUCCCAUCUCCUGCACGGUUCCAACGCGCAUAAGGAUAAGCCGCACUCGGCGCCCGGUUCGCCGGCACUCACGUCAACGUCAACCAAUUCCGCAGGUGGCACAGCGAUGCAGAAGAGCAAGUCCUCGAGCAGCGUGGUGCAUCACGGCAGCCGGCUGGUGGCGAAGAAGAUCUGGCGGUCCAGGAGCAAGAGUACGUCGAGGGCGUCGCAUCAGCCGUCCGUGUGGACGCCCCAGGGAAAAUGCACCUGGGCAGGCACGGGAGGCCGACGUGUCACCCUGCACGACACGUCGCUGCGAAGAUUGUCCGACAUCGAGAAGAAGGUCCUCUGCAAGGUGGCCGUGGCAAAGCUGCAGGCGCUCAAUCUGGGCGUGCACAUCAGGCCACCGAGCGAAUCCCUCGGCAGUGGGUCAGUGACCACCAAGCCGAAGAGGCGAGCGUACUUACUGAAGAGGAAGGCACUCACCACGGGCUUCUUUGACAAUAAGGGAAAGGAUGAGAAGGAGAAGGACGUAGCCGGUGGCCUGGUGUUCGGCAUACCGCUGUCGCAGUGCAUAGAAAACGAUAGGAUUGCCCGAAUCGCUGCUGGGGAGGUCACCGAGGUCGGUUGUCUGAGUAGGAGUAGCAGGCAUGGCAGCAGGACCAGUUUCUCCAGCCUCAUAGAAACACCGAUGACUGUCGCGGCGAAGACGGAAGAGGGAGGUUCCUGCGAGUCUCUGUCGUCGAAAGGUGGUGCUCUUACAGGAAGCGAUUCUGGAGUGCUCGAGCUGAGCGACAGCGGCGGAGGAGGCUCUUCCAGUGAAUGGGACGCAGUACCAGGCAUCGUGAGGCAAUGCAUUAGGCACCUCGAAACUACUGGCCUCCGGACGCUAGGCGUGUUUCGUGUAUCACCCUCGAAAAAGAGAGUGAGACAGUUACGGGAGGACUUUGAUUGUGGUCGUGAGACCAAGAUAGGUCCCGACCAGUGUCCCCAUGACGUAGCCACCCUCCUGAAGGAAUAUUUCCGCGAUUUACCGGAUCCUCUGCUUUGCAGGGAUCUGUAUCAAGCCUUCGUGCACACUCAAAAGAUCAGAAACAGGCGGUUGCAGCAGGAAGCUCUCCAGCAUCUCAUUCAAUUGCUGCCCACGCCCAAUCGCGAGACCCUCUGGGCACUUCUGAACUUUCUGAUCGUCGUUGCGGCAAACAGCGAGGACCAGAAGACCGAGACCGGCGAGUGGAUCCCCGGAAAUAAAAUGGAUGCGACGAAUCUCGCGACCGUAUUUGCACCGAAUAUUCUGCACUGCGUGAAACCCAGCCAACUGAGGUCUGAGGUCUCGGCGGAAAGGGCCGAGGAGAGGAUAGACGUGAUAAACGUAGUGCGGGCACUCCUGGAACACACGUCGACGUUAUUCACGUUGCCGGCUGCGUUGCUGGACGAGGUCUACCUGCAUAUGAUGGAUACCCAUCCGGCAGAGCUGGAUAUCUCUCUGUCCCGUCGCGUCGAAGAGCAAUGCGGGGAUGAAGCGGACCCAUGUAGCGAGGCAGAAACUUUCUCGGUGGAGGAGACGCUGACUACGUCCACGACUACCGCGGCAACGACGACAACAUCGACAAGAAAGAUGUGGACGAGAGAACAAUGCCUACAUCAGACUGCAGGCGUCGGCGGUGAUAUCGGACCAAGGCCGCGACGGCCCAAGAGACCAGGAAGCCGAAGGAAAGAGGAGGGUAGGAGCAACAGCGUCGAUAGCGGAUCGAGCGAGGAUCCGUCUGAUCCUCGUCGAAGAUCCUCGCCAAUAGUGAUUACCGCCAGUCUUACCAUACCCAUGUCCGAUGCGUUCACCUUGAACCUUGACGACCCGGACAUUCCUUACAUCGAGGAGGCACCGAAGCAACCGAGUGCUCCCCCGAGGCGGCAGAGGCAGAGGUCCAUUUCCGGUUGCAGCGAAGGUGGAAGACACGGAAGCGACAGCGCCGUGGGCUCCUCGGCAACCCUGUCGGGCGAUCAAGCACCGAGUUCUCCUCCGUCAUGGGCGUCGUCGCCCCCGGCGAGUCCCGACAGCGCGGUCACCGCCGUUUCGUACAUCCCGGAUCAGCAAGCGGUUCUCCAGAGGGUUUCAUUUACAACCUCGAGCGAGAUAAGGCAGGUGAGCAGGUCGGCGGCUGGCCAGCAGGAAGCGAGCAGGAGUGCCGUGGCGCCGUACACGCCGAGCAUCACCAGCAUCGGCGGUGCGGUUUUGAGGUCCAAGACCGCCGACAUCGAGAGAAUGCUGCAGAUCUCGCGGAAGGAUGUCGACCCUGCGAGCCUGCAGACGAGCAAGAACUCGACCUCUGGCGAAAGCAAGAAGUACACGAAGAGGAGGUACACGGACACGAGGCAUCAGACACGCCACAUACCCGAUGCCGACACCCUGGCUGGCAAGGUAUCGCUCGGUGCGACCUCCGCAUCGUCGACGGCGAUAUCAUCAGUCACUUCCGCCUCCUCGACGAUGACGACGACGCAGAGCCAGCGCGUGCCGGCGCAGCCGGUGUGGAAGAGGCGCGAAUUGAUCUCCAGUGCUCCGAAGGACAGAGACGGAUACUUUUAAGUUAAUCUCGCGCAGAAUCGAAUCGAGAUUCGGUAUUGCUCAUCAGUGGAUCGAGUCGCUUAGAUGCAUCGAUCGCCAAUCGCUGCGGAUGCUAUCGUUAUCCUCGCCGACGAAUGAAACUUUUUCAAAGAUGGAUACUUGGAUCCUUCAGUCGACAAACUCGACUGUGUCAACCUGGAAAUCGAUGCACUUUAAAAGAGUUUGAACAAAUAUUUUCUUUAUCCUCCUCAUUCAGCUUGCUACUUGGGAAAAGGCAGCGGCUGAUAAAAUGUGCACGGGAGAAUCUUGUUUUGCGACAAAAUGCGAUUAAAGUUUUCAUUUAAUCCCGCGAAUAAUACAAUUGAAUUAUUAAACAGUUAACGUAAUCGUGUCUAUUGGAAGACAUCAAACUAUACGAUAAAGUAAAAACUUUGGGGCAUUUUUCUCACAAAAUGCCGCGCGUUUUUGCUCGUGUGUGCCUUUCCUCCAGCCGCUGUCACUGAAAUGAAUCCCUCAUUCUAUCGCGAGGUUUUGCUACCUCUGAAAAAUGCGAUGGCACCUUUCACCCCUCAGAUAACGCAUGUCAACGUGUAUAGUGUCGUACCUUUCUCCGUCUCACGCACCCAAUCUCGAAUCUCGACUCGAUCGACCGGCAAUGGGGCAGCCACACUGCCGAUCACACAGGCGCGGCCUGCAAAAAGUGUUCCUCGAUACGUUUCCCGCGAUCUCGCGUGAUGGAUACAAUUUUCGUGUCGUGUAAGAUGUUCGUGUUGGUUCCUACACUAGUGCCGUCCUCGUGCACACAUUAUAUCGAAGGAUGCCUCGAUGACGGAGCGCGCACUCGUUUCGCGACAGCGUCCGUUAUCGACCCUUCGUGACGGACCUUGACGACGUUGAGGGAAACGGGCGCUUGAAGAGUGACGUGGGAAAUUCGCGGAAUGCAUACGAAGCAUUGUGUAUCACGGCUCCUGCCAUGUAAACGCCGCGAUGUAUCGCGAGCUCGACGUCAAUCCAGAAAUCGAUGAUGGUGACUUCUCGCUGCUGCGCUUACCUGAUUAUAAUUGUCAUCGAGCGGAAACGCACGGUCGACAGCCUGGAAUUAAUCUGAAAUUGAUCUGGUAUUCGCCUUUUCUAAUUCGUGCUCUCUACGACGUGACUAUUAUCACCGCGAACUGCCGUGAGGAACGCGUGCGUCAUAUUGUAUCUCGUUCUUGUCGUUAAGUUUUCUUUUUUCAGUCUGUAAGCUAAUAAAUGAAAGUUAAUUUUUUACUA